AGAAGGAUCUGGCUGUUUAAGCAUAGCUGGGGCUAAAGUCCCUAUGGCAUUCCUGCUGGAGGCUAGAAUUCUGACAGACAAUCUGGACUUGGUUUAUUCUGCAAUACAGUGGAUACAAUUUGUUAUGGCUACUCUGAGUAUUAUAGGUUCAAGUUCACUUAUUGCUUAUGCUGUAUUCCAGAAUAUACAGAAAUCUCCAGAGAUGAGGCCACUCUUUUAUCUGAGCUUCUCUGACCUCCUCCUGGGGAUAUGCUGGCUCAUUGAAGCACUUCUCUAUGGAACUUCAGCAGCCAAUAAGGACAUUGUCUGCUAUAACCUGCAAGCAGUAGGACAGAUAUUCUACAUUUCUUCAUUUCUCUACACCGUCAAUUAUGUCUGGUAUCUGUACAAAGAACUAAGGAUGAAACACACCCAGAGUGGACAGAGCACAUUUUCCUUGGUUAUAGAUAAUACUUAUCGAGUUGGUCAGAUAGCCAUCAUUUCGUCAAGCCUAAUACCUCUACUAUUGAUGAUACCUGUAUUCUGUCUGGGCAAUGCCAGUGAAUGUUUCCGCAACUUUAGCCAGAACCACAGGUGUAUCCUGAUGCACUCACCACCAUCAGCCAUGGCUGAACUCCUGCCUUCUGCCAACACAUCAGUCUGUAGAACACUUUAUUUUUAUGGGCUCAUCAUUUUCCUGGCCAGCUUUCUACUCAGCCUCUUCACCAUUGUGGUCUUACUCAUCCAAGCCCAGACUCUGUAUAAGAAGUUUGUGAAAUCAACUGGCUUUUUGGGAAGUGAACAGUGGGCAGCGAUUCACAUCGUAGAGCAGCGAGUACGCUUCUACCCAGUGGCCUUCUUGUGCUGCUGGGGCCCAGCUGUCAUUUUGAUGAUCAUAAAACUGAUUGAGCCACAGAACACCAAGCUUCACAUGGCCCUCUAUAUACUUCAGGCUCUAACAGCAUCAUCCCAGGGUCUGCUCAACUGUGGAGUAUAUGGAUGGACACAGUACAAGUUCUUUCAACUAAAGCAAGAAACUCGGCGUGAUGCAGACACCCAGACACCAUUAUUAUCCUCACAGAAGAGAUUCUAUAGCAGGGGCCUAGAUCCAUUGGACUCUACCCUUGCUUUUGCUACCAGCACCUCUACUACUCUUUGAAACUAGUACUGGGAUACAGGAACUGCAGUUAUUCCACACUAAAGGAUUGGGAAAAGUGCU